UGGCACAUCUGAUAUAUGCAAUAAUAGCAUAAUCAGUGACCACUUUUAUUAUAUUUUCUUCAUUUUCAUUUAAAAAACAAACUCUGGACUGAUGUUUGAGAUGCCACUCUGUUUGCCUGGAUGGAGUGACAUAUUGAUGACAUUUAUUGAUAAAAAAUAUUUGAGGUUCCAAGUAAUUUAGAAUGUUAUAAUGCAAAUACCCAAAUACUUGGACCUAGUCUUACUCUAGAACACUAGCACUUUUUAGAAACUCACUUUUUUUUGGAAACUUUUUAGAAAACGGCGUUAUUACGAGUCAGAUUUCUUAUUUCUCCAGUCCAGUGCUGGUCAGAGGACCUCAUGAGCAGAUUCAGCUAUUUAUUUCGCAAUGUCUUGUAACUUGGCAUGAGAUUAAGUUGGGAAGCGUGAGAUUGUGAGGCAUCCCAAAGUGUGUCAUCCCAAAUGCGCAAGAGCUAGCAGUGAAUGGGUGCCGUCAAAAUGAAUCCAAACUCAACUUUUAUUGCCACAUUGCAUGUUUUUUCUGGCAUCAUGCUUAGGACUCACUAACAUUUAACAGAGCGCCGGAGGUGUUUUGUGAAAGCACCUCUUUGAUACACUUCAUCACCUGGGCAGACAAGAAAUGGCCACCCGUUCCAAAGGAUGGAUCUGCGAGACGCGGAAACAGAGGACAGCGGAGAAGAGAUCCAGAGGAAAGGAGACGCUCUCGCCGUCCAGACGGACAGAAGUCACUACGAGACGAAUGUUCAGCCGAGCAUCUCAGACGCUGAUGCUUCAGGAUUUGGCCUUCUGCAUACAUCAAGAAGAUAUGUGAAGCUGGUGGAUUUCCAGGAGGAGGUGAGAGCUCACAGGGAUCUGGAUGGGUUCUUGGCGCAGGCCAGCAUCCUGCUGGACGAGAGAGCAUCCUCCCUGGAUGAAGUGCUGCGCAGAAUGCUGGAGCAUGUGGCCAUGGAUGGCCAGGGCUGCUGUAAUGCAGAGGAGGUCAUGCACGCUCUGUUCACAGACGCCGGAGGACAGGAGGCCAACGUUCACUUGUUGACCGAGACCAUUCAGGGAGUGACAGCGACAGCCACUGGAGUUCGCUACCAGCAGUCCUGGCUCUGUGUGCUCUGUAAUGUGAAGAGUCUUCAGAGACGCUGCGUCUGUGUUUCGCGUCUGGAGCGGCCGCAGAACUGGGGCGUGAACUGCUGCGAGGUUCGCUACGUUAUCCUCAUCCUGGCACCGCCUCGCACAAAAAGCACAAAGACCGCUAUAGAGCUCGGCCGCACGUUUGCCACCUUGUUCUCAGACAUCUCGUUUAGACAAAAACUCCUGGAAACCAAGACCCAGGAGGACUUCAAGCAGGAGCUGGUGAUUCAAAGACAGCGGCUGUCCACUGCCAUCCAGAAACCCUCGCUGGAGGAAGAGACCGACCCAUACAGCAACAAACCACUCAAGGUAAAAGAUUUCCUCCGAGCAGGUCGUGGCAUUUAUGAGGACCUGUGCCGCAGGCUUCCCUUGUACCUGUCGGACUUCACAGAUGGUAUUCUGGACUCUAACAGAUCUUUGUUGAAGUACACCACAACAGCCAUCUUCCUCUACAUCGCCAUCCUGCUGCCGGCCAUUGCGUUCGGUUCUCUGAAUGACGAGAGCACGCGAGGAGAGAUAGAUGUCCAGAAGACUAUCGUUGGUCAGUGCAUUGGAGGAGUGAUUUACUCUCUAUUUGCUGGUUCUCCGCUGGUCAUUCCUCUGACCACUGCACCUCUGGCCAUCUUCAUCAGCGUGAUCAGAGGCAUCUGUGAUGACUACGACCUUGAUUUUCCUGCUUUCUACGCCUGCAUCGGUCUUUGGAACAGUCUGUUCCUCAUACUGGGAGGCAUCUUCAAUGUCAGCCUGUUUAUGAAGCUCUUUAAACGCUCCACAGAAGAAGUGAUAGCUUUGUUCAUCUCCAUUGCCUUUGUGGGCGACGCUUUGAAAGGCACCAUAAAGAUAUUUCAUAAAUAUUAUCAUGGCCUUACACUAGUCAAUGGAAGCACAGGGGAACUGCAAGGUCUGGGUGUGAUCCUUCAUCAGGGAUUGAAUGGAACAGAGUAUGGAGGCGGCUCACUGCCUGCAACAGUGGUUAUGUGCACCAGGGAGCGCCCUAUUCUCUGCCUGCUGCUGAUGCUGGGAACACUGUGGCUGGGCUAUGCCCUCUUCCUCAUCAAGAGAAGCCCAUUCCUGCAUGCUAAAGUCAGGGAGGUGGUGUCAGACUGUGCAUUGCCAAUAUCUGUGGUCAUCUUCUCCUUCGUGGGCUCCUACCUGUUCAUCGACAUUCAGCUUCCAGUUUUCAACUACCAGAAUGAAGCCCUAUUCAAAGUAGCAGCUUUUGACCAGCUGACAGGGAUGAACGUAUUAAGUGCAUGCGGUCUUGGCUUUCUCCUUGCCUUGCUCAUCUUCAUUGACCAAAAUAUUGUGGUGUCCCUCACCAAUGCCCCAGAGAACAGACUGCUAAAGGGAACAGCGUACCACUGGGACCUGAUGCUCUCUGGGUUAAUCAACAUCCUGAUGUCAGUGCUAGGUUUGCCAUGGAUGCACGCAGCUUUCCCACACUCCACGCUUCAUGUGCGUCAGCUAGCGCGGGUGGAACAGCGAGUGGAGGGGGGCCACCUCUACGAAACGAUAGUCAGCGUGAAGGAGACGAGACUCACCUCGCUGGCUGCGAACAUCCUGAUUGGUUUGUCACUGUUUUUGCUGCCGGUGCCUCUGCAGUGGAUACCGAAACCCGUUCUCUACGGCCUUUUCCUGUACAUCGCUCUCACGUCUAUUGAUGGAAACCAGAUGUGUGACCGAAUGGCCCUUCUGCUUAAAGAACAAACGUCGUAUCCACCCACGCACUACAUCCGCAGAGUGCCUCAGAGGAAGGUGCAUUAUUUCACAGGCCUGCAGAUGGUUCAGUUGAUCAUCCUGUGUGCGUUUGGGAUGUACCCUCUGCCCUAUAUGAAGAUGAUCUUCCCUUUACUCAUGAUCAUGCUCAUUCCAAUAAGGAACUACUUGUUGCCGAAGAUCAUUGAAGCAAGGUACCUGGAUAUCAUUGAUUCUCAACACAUGUAGACGAACAAAUAAAAAAAUGGACCGUUUAGAAACAUAAACACUUUUAAAAUGCAAGGGGGAAAGUGCAUUUCCUAUUUGUAUUCUUGUUAGAAAACAUGGUUUUAUGGCUGUGAUAUGUGCAUUCGAUGUGUUAUGAAUUCAUUCUUUAUACAACGGUGCCUGACAUUUUUUAUUUAUUUAGCGGAAUCAUAAACUCUUAUUUUUUUUCCUCCCAUGAUUCUUAAGUGUCUCUUUGUUCAGUCACAGCGUGUAUCUGGCACUGGGAUAUGUGGUGAACAGUAUUAUUAUUAUUUUAUUUCGCUAUCUGAAACUGCACACAGAAAUAUUUGCAGAUCAAACCCAUUUCAUAACAAAAUCUCAGCACAUCUCAUGUUCAGGUUUUAUCAUUUUAACUCUCUGAUGCCAGAUUCCUCUACUGUAGACUGAUCUUUAAAAGCCCAUCAUCACCAACACAACCACUGACUCUUACACAUAAUACUUCUCUUUAUAUUUUUUUUCUGUUUAUUAUAUAAAAUAUUAAUUCACAAUGACUGAUGAAAAUAGUGAGGAUGCAACCUCUGCAUGCACCAUUAUUCUCUGUUAAAUGUGCACCAGUUUCAAAAUACAUGAAUGCAUCAUUGUGGAGAAGAAGAUUUUGUUUUGACAUAAAGAAUAUAUUUAUUUAAUAGAUUUGAUUAAAUAUUUCAUGCAUCAGAGAGAAAUAAGUAUAAUCAUUCUGACCUACUUUUUUUGAGAGCAGCAAAUCAGUAUAUUAGAAUGAUUUCUGAAGAUCACGUGACACUGAAGACUGCAGUAAUGAUGCUGAAAAUAUAUUGGUUAAUAUAUUCCGACUUUUUGAUCACUUUUAGAUUACUUUUGACCUAAAAGAUAUUAAAUUCGAUGUUAUCAACAUCAUGAAGUGUAUUAAACAUUACAUUAUGCCAGGUUUUUCCAAACUGGGGUUCAUGUAUGAACUACAAGAGGGUUUGUGAGUUGAUAAAAAAUAUGUAAUCAUCGUAUCAUAUGUAUAAAACAUAACUAUAAUCUGAUUAUGAGAAUUUCAAAUGUAAAAGAAUCAUUUACAUGUACCUAUUUUUUUUUUAUUUUUAUUUUUUUUACAUGUAAUCUGUUACUACCCAGCAGUGCUUUAAGUGGCCCAAAAGAGGUGCUGGUACUAUAUUAUAGCCACAAAAAAAAAUCUUUUCUUUUCUUUUUUUUUUUUUGAUGACUCUUCUCAUCCCCUGAGGUAACAACAACUAUACUGAAGGGGUUUUAUAUACAGCAGUCAACAGGCAACCUUAAUAAUGAAUCCUUUUAUUAGUUCGUGGAUUUGCUUGAGCUAGAAAGAACUACUGAACAUAAAUAAAAUGUGCAAAAAAAAUGACUCAAUGAUUCAUGCUCCGAACUCCCGAACUGACUCAAAUGAUUCGCGAACCCGCUACGAACUCCCGAACUGAUUCAAAUGAUUCGCGAUCCCGCUACGAACUCCCGAACUGAUUCAAAUGAUUCGCGAACCCGCUCCGAAUUACCGAAUUGAUUCAAAUUAUUUGCGAUCCCCAAACGGACUCAAAUGAUUCGCGAAGCCGCUCCGAACUCCCGAACUGAUUCAAAUGAUUCGCGAUCUCCAAACUGACUCAAAUGAUUCGCGAUCCCGCUCCGAACUCCCGAACUGACUCAAAUGAUUCACGAACCCGCUCCGACUUACCGAACUGAUUCAAAUUAUUUGCGAUCCCCAAACGGACUCAAAUGAUUCGCGAAGCCGCUCCGAACUCCCGAACUGAUUCAAAUGAUUCGCGAUCUCCAAACUGACUCAAAUGAUUCGCGAACCCGCUACGAACUCCCGGUUCAAAUGAUUCACGCUCCAUACUCCGAACUAGGAAGAAUUAGGAAGCGUGCAUUGUGAAGGGCACUCUGAAAAGCGGCAGCGCAGGCUUAACACAGAUGUCCAAAUGAACGUACCUGUACGCUAAAAGCACGUUCUGGGCACACGGAGAGGUGGCGGUACGCUCGUGAGCUAUAUUUGGAAGUGGCGGUACCAGUGUUCCGGUGAGUUCAGUUCGACUGUUUCCCCUUCGGCGCGCAUGCGUGAAUUGCUGACGUCAUGAUUUCGAAGCGGAAAAUGUGUGCUUUUUUAUCCCAAACGUCAGUUUCUGAUGUUAUCUCCUACUUUUCAUCCACAUAAGGUAAAUUUCACGUUGUUUGUCAAAAAUAUUAGUGGAAUGUAUUGUUUUUGGAGGUUUUAUAGCUCAGUCUUUCGUAGUUUAGGCUACAACUUGUGAAACUCUGUACAACAGCGUCAAGUUAAUAAACGAAUUUCGACAGACGCUUAUAUUAUUAUUAUUAUUAUUAUGUUGUUGUUGUUGUUUGUCUGGGUUGUCACACAACCUUAUGUUUUCUAUAAAUAAACAAUAUUGUGGUGCGUAGUGGCCCACUUAAAGCACCGCUACCCAGCAUUGCAAAUUAGUGAUUUUAAUAUUUGUUUCCAACAGUUUGUGUUGCACCACAUUGACUGUAUUUAAAAUGAAUGCAACUAGUUUUGCUACUGAUUUACAUUAAAGCUUCCAUUGUUUGAUAGCAGAUUAAAAAUGCAUUUAAACUUCUAGAUUUCCCUUUGUUUUAAUAUUUAUAGAGCAGAUUUUAAGAAUGGCACAUGAUGCUCCACAAUGAUUGUGAUUCAUCUGAAAGUUGUGUAUCCUAGCAACACGUGAAUAUUAGCCCACCAGUGGUGAGCAUGAGCUCGGAGGAGUCAAGAGGACUUGUGUACCGCAGACUGAUGUUGUUCACAUGUAAUCAAAGGCAGGUCUCUUAAGACACAAGCUUUGAGCAGCGCUGCAGGGAUGCAAUCACCUGUGCAAGCCUGACUAAAUAAAGGAUUAAAGACA